CCCACCGUUUGAUUUAUACUCUAAUGAUUGUCAGGGGAAUACAAAAAUAAGGCUUCCCCGAAAUGAUGUUGAAAGGAACGAUGUGAUUGGCAAGAGCAAAGUGAAAUAAGAAUCUAUCAAUCUUUAAUAGUCUCUAUAUUAUAUCACUAUUUUUUUUGUGACUAUUUGAAUUUGUGGAAAAAAAAAAAGUCAAAUAUGAACGUCAACAUAAGCACUUAAAUUCCUUCAUUUGGAGGUGACUUAUCAAUUUUAUAGCAAUAGGGGUGGGUCAUGACUCAGUUGCCAUGCGUGUUGUCAUGGUGACCAGCCCCUGUAACCCUUCCCCCCUCCUCUGGUUGGUCCAGCUUUUGUUGUGGUUUCACAACCAUGGACCUCAGCUCACAGAGGCGGCACCCCCCUGCCCAACCCCCUGUACGUGCUCCAAUCAGGCGAGCCGCGUCAUCUGUACAAGGAAGAGCUUAGACCAAGUCCCAGAGAGUAUUUCAGAGAACACACGAUACCUCAAUCUACAGGAAAACACCAUUCAGGUGAUCAAAUCGGACACAUUCAAGCACCUGCGGCAUUUGGAAAUCCUGCAGCUCUCCAAGAACCACAUCCGACAGAUUGAGGUGGGAGCUUUUAAUGGCCUUCCCAACCUCAACACACUCGAGCUUUUUGACAACCGCCUCACAGUGGUACCAUCGCAAGCCUUCGAGUAUCUCAGCAAGCUAAGGGAACUGUGGCUAAGAAACAACCCCAUCGAGACGCUGCCGGCGUUUGCGUUUCACCGCGUUCCUUCUUUACGCCGCCUGGAUCUAGGAGAACUCAGGAAGUUGGAUUUCAUCUCAGAGGCUGCCUUUGAAGGUCUGGUAAAUUUACGCUUCUUGAAUCUUGGCAUGUGCGGUUUGAAGGACAUCCCUAAUCUCACCCCGUUAGUGCGACUAGAGGAAUUGGAGCUGUCAGGAAACCAGCUUGGUAUAGUUCGGCCUGGAUCCUUCCAGGGCCUGGUGUCACUACGCAAGCUGUGGUUAAUGCACUCCAGAGUGUCAGUCAUUGAACGCAAUGCUUUUGAUGAUCUCAAAAACCUGGAGGAGCUCAACCUCUCCCACAAUUCUCUGCAUUCACUCCCCCAUGAUCUUUUCACCCCUUUGCAUCAGCUGGAGAGGGUCCAUCUCAACCACAACCCCUGGGUGUGUAACUGUGAUGUACUGUGGCUCAGCUGGUGGUUAAAAGAAACGGUUCCCAGCAACACCACGUGUUGCGCUCGCUGCCACGCACCUCCAGGUCUAAAGGGCAAGUACAUUGGGGAACUCGACCAGAGCCACUUUGUCUGCUUUGCCCCAGUGAUUGUUGAGCCACCCACUGAUCUUAAUGUUACCGAAGGCAUGGCUGCUGAGCUGAAAUGUCGCACCGGGACCUCGAUGACCUCGGUGAACUGGUUCACUCCAAACGGCACCCUGAUGACCCACGGAUCGUACAGAGUUAGGAUCUCGGUGCUUCACGACGGCACGCUGAACUUCACCAACGUGACUGUGCAAGACACCGGGCAGUACACUUGCAUGGUAACCAAUUCGGCUGGAAACACCACUGCAACUGCUGUGCUUAACGUGUCUGCAUCAGAUCCCAGCAACAGCUACAGCUACUUCACAACUGUCACUGUGGAAACAGUCGAGACGGUGAGGGGAGAGGAUGAAGAGCCGGCAAGACAGUACAUUAAUGAGACUGUCAUAGAUUUCCCUAAUCCAACUGUUCAAAGAGGGGUUUUAGAGGGGAGAUCUGGCGUCACUAUAUCUCCUUCUCUUUCUUCCCUGUCCUCGCUGUCUCCACGAGCCAACAGAGGUACUGAAAAUGCAGUGACUGUGUCCAUAAUAGAUGUAACUAACAUUCCGGGCCUGGAUGAUGUCAUGAAAACAACUAAGAUCAUUAUUGGUUGCUUCGUGGCCAUCACCUUUAUGGCAGCUGUAAUGCUAGUGGUCUUCUACAAACUGCGGAAGCAGCACCAGCUACACAAGCACCAUGGUCCUGCCAGAGCCAUUGAGAUUGUCAAUGUAGAAGAUGAGAUCGGAGCCGGGGCUGGAAGUGGCAUCUCAGGCGGUUCAACAAUGAAUUCCGGCACUGGAGGAGAGGGAACCUUGAGAAGACAUCAUCCAGAAAUAGUCAAUCUACCCAACAUCGGCCGUACAGAUACUCUCAACCACUACUACAAGACGCAUCACUUCAACAACAACGUCAUGGGUCUUAGUAUUGGCUCGGACGUGAUGGGCCCGGGAAGCAUGCUGAGUAGCAAGAACCAGCAAGGUCAAGACAUCCCCAUCUCCUGUACCCCAGUGCCGAUUUCUACAUCAAAUUUGCUGACCACAUCGGGCAACGGCAUUAACACCAAUCCAAACUCUAUGUCUCCACCACUGCCAAUGUCUCUCCCCAUACCUACGAUGGGCUUACAUGGAUCAAUCAAGGGUUUCAUGGGCCAAAACCAGAAUCCCCAAAUGGAACCUCUUCUCUUCAAGGGCAGCUCGAAGGAAAAUGUUCAAGAGACGCAGAUCUGAAAAAACUAAAGUGAGAAUAUAAAGAGAAAGUGGGUGACAGAGACGGAGAGGGGGAUUGAUAUUGGGUUAAUGCAGAAUGAGUUGACACGAGAGUGCAUUGACUUUACACCGGGAGAGGGUAGAUUGACAUGGCAAUACGCAAACACAUAGACUUAUCCAUGACAGUGCACUGAGCCAAGGAUUACCACGAUUGGGCCAGUUGUGUUUGUUGUAACGAUCACGGCCAUGGAAAUCAAGGAGUGAACAUUGCUACGAUGUAAAUCUGUGCCAAAGCAAAUGUUUUUUGCAGUUCCUACAAGCUGUGUUCACAUUGGGAAAAACUAGCCUUUCUGAGUAAAUCAGUCCCCUAAUCGCUGUUGGCCAGCAAAAGUGAAAGACACGAAUACAGCACUCACCGCGUUGAAGAUCGGAGAUAUUACAGAAAAAAAGAAAAUCCAAGAGACCUUUUUCCGCCACACUCUCUCGCAAGUGACUCAGUAGACUCCCUCAAGGUGAAAAUUAUGUAGGCAUAAAUAGAUGGACAAAAAGGUACAGUGCAGUACAAACUACUGUGAAAAAUCCACAAAUUAUAUAAAUAUAUUUUCAUUUAAAUAUGUACCAUUGCAGACUCUGGUGGAGAGAUAUUUUGGGGUGGAUGUAUAAGAUGGUAUCGUUUGUUUCUUUCUGUGAAUAAUCAGUGGGAGGUUGAUAGUGACGGUUGGUUAUGACACUUGUUUUAAGUUUGGCUACUUCUCAGAAACAUAAGGGCUCAAUUGCAACACUCAUUGUGAAUCUUUGAAUUGGCGUUGUGACAUAAAGUCCAUUUAGGUUGUAGAACAGUAAAUGCAGAUCUCUGUUUGACAAACUUUUGUCCGUUGCUUCAGUAAUAAUCAUUACAAACUUUUGUGUUCUAAGAGUGUAUUAUGUAUUUCUUAAAAACGCCAGCGACUUGGUAUUUGAAGUGACAAUUCGGAUACUUAAAUGCCAGCAUUCAAAACAAGGGUGAAAUUAUGUUCCAAAAACACAGAGGUAAAUCAACGCAAAGAUAUGUAUGGGUAAAAUAAAAAGUGUUGACAAUGUGUUAUUAAAAUCAGAUCAGUAGCCAGAUAUUUGCUUUUAGACAGGAAUUUGAUAUGACCUCCUUGCUCAUGGUUACCAUAAUCAUGCCAUAAAAUGCUGUUAUAAGGAUGAUUAAGACAUCUACCUACAGCAGCAUUAAAGAAGGGAUUCAACAUCCGUCUUUGGAUGAUUAGAAAGAAUAGAAAUGUACAGUAUAUUAAUAAUAAUAUGUCUGGUUGUAUGACAGUUGUAAGAGCCACAUUUUUACAGUGUAACUUUCAUAUGUUUAAUGCCAUUAACGCUUAUUGCGUUUCAACUAUGUAUUUCUUUAUUUUUGUUAGUUUGAUAUAAUGUGUACAGUUGUCUAGCCAUGUAUCAUUACGUGUGAAAUAAAUCAAUCAUAUAUUG